UGUCAUUAGGAAAAAAGAUAUGUCUGUGGCGGACCACUCUCUCUAAUAAAGCACUCUCACCAGAGCCUGCUUCAAUAAAACAUUUUAUUCCCCACUGUGUUACUUAAGAAUUCAUUAGGAACACAGUAGUCAGAUGUAAGUAGAUAAUUAAGGAACCAGUGUCCUGUUAUAUGCACUACUGGACAGCAAUCCAAAACAUUAUUUGGGCGAAAACUAGAUUUCACAGCGACUGAUUGCUGAUGGAAGCCCUGCUAAGACGGUAACAUCCAGCGUCAUACGCUGACCUUAUUACACCGAGUAACCAUGGUGAUCUGAUCUGCUCCUUGUGGUGAUAGUAUGUUCUUGGCUGCCUGAACCCACGUCACCACAGUUUCAGUCUGUCAGCUCUGAACACAUCACUAUUUGGAGACUCAGCUGGGCAGGUUGACAGUUGGCAGUGCAAAUACCGUAAAAUAGUGCUGGAUUUUUCCCUCUCAAGUUUCCCACUUUCACAAAACCACAUCUAGCCCACAGUAAAGAUGACACUUCACUUUUAACAGUUACAGUGGAGGAACAUUUGAAGUUAAGAAAUAACCAGUUUUAAAGUGAUACUGUUUAUCCAUGGAGGCUUUUUUUCUACCCGUCCUUGAGAAGAAGUAAGCUAAAUAUUUUGGCUUGGGUUCAGUCUAAUCCGAUGCGUCACUGUCAGCUGUGGUGUUUGCCAAGGCCUUGAAAUGAUGGUCUGAAAGUGAAGUGUUUGCAGUUAGCUGUAAAAUAACAAGAGACUUCUUUGUGUCCUGUUGUACCUGUGAGUUUGUGUGAGUUCUGAGACCACAAAAAAAAGGAGGUAGAUGUGCUAUAAAGUGAUAUAAAAACUUACCGUUAAAUUAUUCAGUACAACCACUUAGCAUGGUGUUUUGGUGAGAAACACAUUGUGUUAGUCAGGCAGAUAUCAAACUGAUCAGUCCUAAACACAUGCUGUUACAGUGGGCAGUAGGGACGGCGUGUCUUUCUUGCAGAUCGAGCACAGUGGGGGAGAAAAGGCCUUUUAGAAGAGAUUUCUUGCUGAAAGGAAAACAGAAAAAGGAAGGUGUUGCAUUUUAAGCACAGCAGUUUGGGGCGUGCAUGGAUGUAACAACUAUGACCAAAUAUUUGUACAUGUGAGUGUGUUUUCCAAGUUCCAGAACUACAUGUUGGACUUUCUAUUCAUUGAUGCAUCAGAUUAACUGUUUCUCUGAGAAUUUGUUCCCUUUUGGAAAUUCUCAUUGUGGCAUCAAAACACGAUGCUCUGAUUUAUGGUAAGUCAUUGUCUUCUGGUCAUCCUCUUCUUUUCAUUCCGGCUCAUCCGACCCAUUUAGAUACAUUUGAAAAGAAUACAAACUAAUAGGUGGCCACAUCCCAUUCUCCUGGCAGAGACCCUGUUUGGGGAGAUGCUGAUUUACUGAAUACUGCCUGAACUCCCUGACAACAAUGAGGGUUUGUAUUUAUUAUGUGGGGGGACCAAGUUGUUUUUUUGUCUAAUGUCCUCAGAUCCAUGCGCAGCCCCAUUACUGUCAGCAAGAUGUGGGAAAGCCGAUAAAACAAAAAGUAACUGCUCUCUGUGCCCCUUUUGUUCAGGCACAGGACUGCUGUCGGAGCAGGACGUGUGAGGGAUCCACUCAGAGUCAUUUACACAUUCAAAUCCCUGAGUGUUCGUGAAGGAUUAUCUCCAUCACCCCCGUGUAACUGCAUGUAUUAGCAUGACAACGUGGAAAUCAAAGCAAAAAUGUUGUUUAGAUGCUUAAUUUUUGUCGAGUUUAUUAUUUCAUGGCACGUUGUCUCGUGGGGUGCUUAAGCUAGAUGAGACACCUUACAGCUAAUCUCAUUUUAGUUGAAAAGCCAUCUGUAGACGACGUGCUUGUAGUAUGCUUAAAGGAGAGGCAUUUUUAGAACGUUUACCAACCUCUCCUUGCAACUUAUUCUUCAUUAAGAUCACAGUUUGCUUCCAUCAAAUGAUGCUCAGUGCAUCAUUAAACAGUAUUUUACCCCAUCCUUUCAUUUCCAGGUGAACACUCUCCAUUCAUGUCCCUGGAAAUGCUUUGUCUGUUGUUGCCUGCCAACUUGACAGUUUUAACUGUAAUUAGAGCUUCAUUUCUCUUUUCAUCUGGACUGGCUGGACAGCGUGAUCGUUGCCAGGCACCUGAGUAGAGGUGGAAACCAAUUACCGGUGGAGGUAUAGUGUGUCACACCAAUAUGUCUCUCUCUCGUCAUGUGUGUUUGUCUUUUGUCUUCCCCCCUUUAGUUUCUCCCUGGAUCCUUGGCUAUGUAAAUGGAUUCAUACAUUUACACAAUAUUCUCUCAUAGUCAGAGACAAAUAUACCGAAAGUGCCUCCAUGCCAGUCUACCGAAAAAAGGCUUUGGCUUAUAUCCGGAGUCACUUAGGUAAAUGGAUGUCAUCACCACCUUCAAAAUGCUCAUUUUAUUAGCAGGCCUCAAAUGGGGCUUAAAGGUCAGAGCAUUAGUUAAAAUGCUGAAGCACAUGAUGAAUGUGCUGCAUUACAGUCACUCAGAGAUGGCAGCAGAGAGAAGAAAAGUGAUGCAGGAUUAUGAUGAGAGAAUGUGGCGCCAGAUGCCGUUAACGAAUAUUAAUUUAAUUAUUAAUCUUUUUGUUAUAUCUUAAUGAGGUUUAUGCAAAUGGAGCUCUGGUUUGGUUUGGCCUCUGGUCCAUUAGAGCAAUCUGGAACACUGGAUGAAUCAAACCAACAAUCAAGACAACCUCCACUGCUAUCUGACCUUAAAUCAUGAAUGCAAACCAGCACGAUGUCUCUUUACUGUCAGAGAUACCAAGCAGAGGGGUCAAUAUAUAAUUGUGGGACUGCAACAUAGUUGACAUUUUUUCUGUUUUCAGGCCUAAAAUCAAUAUGGCCGCCUAUAACCAAACACCACAUGGCAUUUUUACAGGAAGAUUCCUCCAUAUAUUACAUAUACAAUUGAGUAAAAUUGAAAUUGAAAGUUGUUUAUGAAUGGUUCAGUGACCACAGUCUUGCCAUAGUGAAAAGACAACACAAGAAGUUGUGCCUACUUAACGAACAAUCUGUGGUCAGUGCAGACCAGGUGAGGUAGAGACAGAGAUUUACUUCCUCUUAAAAUGUGACAAAUACUAUUAUAUAGGACAGGAAAACUUUAAGACGCUCGACUUGUUGAGUGAAAACUUCACAGAUGACAAAGAAAAGUGAAAGAUUCUACCAGAAGAGAAACAUGCAGCAUAUCCAGCUGCACAAUAUGUGACUGCAUGUCCCAGAUAUUCUACUUAAUGAAUUUUAUUUUGAUUUCUUUUUAAUAUACUCACCUAUUUUUUUCAAAAUUACACCAUCCUUGGUGCUCUGGCUGUUCCAUUAUCCUGUUAAUCCAGCCGUGCCAAUAAAUCACAUUGAAUUGAAACUGGAUAAGACAAAAACUAAAAGAGCAUCAGAGCGCCUGCAUCCUCACCUCAGUUCUGCUUCUCUCAGUGUGAGCCUAUAAUACAUUUUCAGCAGCAGUGCCACAGAAAUGCUUCUUUUCAUAUAAAUUGGCCUCUUCUCUGAGGAGCCAUCGCCAUGGUGAAAUGUCUUCAUGGCCACUGCUUCCUUUAGUUCACAGAGGAGAUGAAAGAAGAGGAAAGAACGCCUGUAAUUGCAAGAACACAAUGGUAAAUGCAGUUAAUGAUAAACAUAGUCCUUUAAUUGAUAAUUAAAUGGAAAUAAAUGGAAAUGCAUGCCACAGAGAGAUGCAGGAGAGACUAGGAAAGAUGUGAAGCUUUCUCCAAUCGAAAGCAUCUCCUCUAGUCUUUCCUUUGGAUUUUCUUGCUGAUGUUUGGCAAAAAUUUUAGACUGCCUGAUUUAUUAACUCCUAACAUGUGAUGUCUAACCCUGAGUGCAACAUUUAUGCUUGAAAACAGCAGUGGACAUCUGUCUGAGUCAGUUCUCUGGAGUUAUACAGUAGGUUAGCUUCACUGGCUCUGUGUGAGUGAGUGAGGAAGAGAGAGAGAAUCGAUCCUCUCUUGUUUUAGCAACAGUAAAUCAAUACUUUCUCACAGAGUAAAACCGAAGCACGCUGUCCUGCCUCUGCAGUUUACUGCUGAGCAUGUAUUGAACUUCAGGAUGCCUACAUCUGGUUUCUCCAGUGAUCCUGUGAAGUCCUGGCAAAUGACUGAUUUGAAAAGAUUUAUGCGUAAAAUGCUGAUACGCACCAAAACUGCUCAUUUGGUGCUGAUGCGCCGUGGACACACACACCCACACACACACCUUACUCCUCCAGGCUAGAGAGAGAGAGAGAGAGAGAGAGAAAGAGAGAGAGAGAGAGAUGCUGCGACGACUCGACUUGCAGCUGAGGGAGCGGAGAGGACGCAUGUGGCUGCACUCCGGCUGCGUCCAUGGAUCCAAACGCCUGCUUGUUGUCUCUCUGAAUGCAUAGAUAAUGAGAGGACGAUCCACUGAUUAGCAAGGGAGGACGCAGCUGCCGGCACCGCCUGGCUGGCACACGCUGACAUAUUCCUCUCGGCAUUAUGGACGGGUUGCAGUCAGAAAACGCCGGAGUUGGUGACAUCGGGGAGAACGCGGAGGAAAAGUAUCGCGCCCUCGCCUAUGACACCGCUCUGAGCACUUUGGUGGCCGUGGCCCUGUACGUAGUGGUGAAAGUGAGCCUGGACGGAUUCAGACAGUGGCGGGCCAGGAUCUCGGUGCUCAUCGUGGGUUCGGGACCCGUGGGGCUGACGGCGGCGCUGGUCGCUGUCCGCUCCGGGAAGGUGCUGAAGCUGACCGUGCUGGAUGAGAGGUACCGGACCGCGCUGCUCUGCCGACCCCAGCAGAUCGCCCUGGACCCACGCAGCGUGAAGUUUCUGCUGGGACUCGGCGUGGACUUUGAUAACAUGGAGGGCUGCUGGCACAACGAGCAUUUCUUCACCAGAAUAGGCGUGUUUCAGGAGUACCUGCUGAGCAUCCUGGAGCAGAAGAAGCAGAGGGUGGAUGUGAAGGUGCAGCUGGGGACCAAGUUCACAGAGGAUUACCUGCGGCGGAUUCCACACAAUGACUGGCCACGUGUGAUUGUGGUGGCUGAUGGGUCGUGCGGUGACUCCUGUUCCGUGUUGGGAAUCAGCUCCGACUACACCGUGGAGUCCUGCCAUGCAUAUGGAGCCAAUGCAACCAUAGAGAGAUUAGAUCAGAGACAGGUGCCCACUCCUGAGAUCCGAGCCCACAGCCUGUACUUUGACCUGUCUGCUUAUGGAGUAGAGGCCCUCCGAGAGCACCGCAACCCGACUACCAAGCCAGGAUUCCACUUAAAGAUAUACGGCACCUUCAGAAACCGCUACAUGGCCCUCGUCUGCCCUGCCUCUGACACCAAGAUGGUUCGCUUCCUCAGGCACACUGCAAACUCCUCUAUCAUGAAGAACAUUUUCCACCAAUCCUUCAAUGCCUACAAGACGGACAUCGAGCCUCGUCUCAGUGACGUGACGCUCCAUCACAUGCAGUGCAGCCGUCGCCUCUUUGAGAUUCAGUUGUCACACAGACGCAUCAGCGCUGCCUACAUAGAAGGGGACAAUGUGGCGGUCACUGUGGAGGGUGAGGCGGCACGUGUCCUCAAUUUUGACACAGGCUGUGGGGUGAAUCUAGGAAUGCGUGGUCUGGAGUCAAUGGGGACUUUUAUUUACCGGACAGCUACAGCCGUGGACCAGAACGAUAUUCUGGAGGCGUUGUCAGCUAAGAUGCAGCACUCCAGACAGGUGGCUGAGACCUUCAAGCAGACAGGCCUGGCUGAGUCCAUGUAUGAAUGAAAUAAGAGGAUGACCUGGUGAAUGCCUAAUGCCACCUAGUGGAAAGUGGUGGUGGAUUAUUCAGUGAGUAUUUACAAUGAAUCAUGAGUCUGGUGCAGAGAAGGGGCCGCUAAUGGUCGCAUAGCAAAUUGAGGCGAAAGAGUGUGAACAGAUGGAUAAUGGAUGUAAACAUGUCUCCAUAGGUCUCUGUGACGUACAGUGAGUGGAUCUACUCAUAAUGGCUGUAGUGAGAAUAACAAAGGCCACAUUUAGUCGAGUGCAUUUGGAGCUGCUCUGGUUUUCAGAAAAGCAUAUACAUAAUCUCUAACAGUUGCAACGAAACAAUAUACGCUGACUGCUAAUCCGCUGAAGUAGAGUGUAUUGGUGAAGGGAGGCUAGUUCUGGGAGUCUAUUUAAACUCUCUGACAUUGAUCGUUUCCGUCUGUCGUUUCUCCUCUCUUUAACUGAGGAAACAGUUCAGUUGCUUUCCAGAAUCUGGCUGAUUGUGUGCUAUGCCAUGCCUCACGUGUUACAGGGGAGAAACAGACUGUGCUGUGGCCUCAUCCGCUUCAAGACAGAAAUCUAUGGAACUAUCACUGUCCAUGAUUUAACAAAGACAUGUAGACUCAGAUGAAAUGAGGCAACAGCUGCUCCAAAGUGUUGUUAUCAAGUCUUGUCUGUAUGUGUGCAUUUGUCUGAUGCUGUGGUGAAAAUUAUGGUGAAGACGUUCUCAAGUAUUUGCUAGAGUGGCCUAUAUUUUUGUGUUCUGCCUUGUAAAUUAGAUUUUUUUGUGGCAUAUUUAAAAAUGCAGGCCACUGCAACUGUAUUAUGUGCCAGCUAUAUAGUUAAAAAAUGACUGAGCUGGUGACCCAAUAAUGAUGAUCCUGCUCAAGUGCCAAUAAAAAUGAUGACACACUGAUGAUAGUGUUGACAUGAAACUGUUUCAUUAGAGAUGAAACACAGUUCAAUCGAAGAAUAAAAACAAACAACUUUUUUAGAUCCAAGACUAUGCUCAUCAGGGCUCUUUUUUAAAAAAAUUUUCUAAAUAUACAUAAAUUAUCCCUUUUAAUAUGCGUCAAUGCUACCUUUACAAUAAUUUGUUGUGAUCAAGACAAAUUUGUCAAAACUUGUCAAUGUAAACUAAAACUAAUAAUGACAGCCUCUAAGGCAGACUGACCUUUAGUGCUCUGUCAGUUUCUAAUUGCUUGAGAGGUGUAAAGAUUUUUAAUAAAUAACACUUUUACAAAUUGUGUGAAAAAUUAGUCAGUGUCUGUGAACUGCACCUUAUGCUGACAGUGAAGUGCUGACAGCAGUUUCUAUCUGGAGCAGUACUGUCCUCUAGUGGUGCAGCCUGUCUGUUGCAUCUCAAACUUAAAUGCCUUCAAAUCAAGUCAAAUGAUUCAUUCAGAACUUCAUGUGUUAAAGGAAUUGAUCCCUUAAAGUUAAGUGAUGGAAUAAUGACAGCUCAGACAUCAUCGGUGCUGCAGCAGGGAAGUGGUAACAUUAUUGUUUAUCUGUGAUUCUAUACUAGCAUUGCUUGUCUGCAAUACAUGAAAUACCUCGAGGGUUUCUUGAGUUUAAUCACAUCUCCUUUAGUCUCAUUUAGAGAGCAUGAAAAGAUGUAACUGUCUAAAGUGCUCCUCACAGUCUGCCCCUGAAUCUGAUAUAAUUAGAUUAUAAAAUGCUCAAUGUGUUACAAAAAUGAUCAUUUCUAGAUUAUGAGUACACAGAUGAGAUUUGAAUGCUUCAUUGCAGGCAGGCAUUAAGAAUAAGAAUUUAAAAGACAUUCAGUAACUGAGCCACAUAUUUACUAUAAUGUCUCCAUCAAAUUUAGUUUUUUUUUCAGUAAACUUUGAAAGAAUGACAGCAUCAAUAGAAUUGCAAAUAAGCAAAUCGUUUGCACUUUAAAAUGCAGUUGAAUCACUGUACAUUAAUUACAUUUACGCUAUUACAAAAAUACAUGCAUGUAUUCAUUUUUUACUAAUUCAUAGAAUGAAAACUACAUCAACACAUAUAUUAGCAGAGUAGCUGCCUGACAAAUACCAUCCAGAUAAAAUCUAACAAGUGGGUAAUAGAAAGUUAAAACACAUUCGCUUUUCCUUCUAAAAAUUCUAUCACACUACCAUUGAUUUUAAACUUCACACUAAGACUGAGUGCAUACAACUGAAACAAUGAACAGAAUUGAAUACAAACAAAAAGGACCCAUUGUCUUCUGAGCAUUCCAAGAAGAGCAGAUGUACAAUGAAUUCUGCUUUUGUCUGCUUUCUCCAGUGUAUUGUUGUUAUUACUAUACCACAUUCAAAGUCAAGUGCCUUCUGAAUGGUUCAUUAACAAGGCUUUAACUCAUGCGAGCGACUGAACCACCUCUGAGUUCAAAUGUAGCUCCAAUCUUGUAAGCUUAAAAACUAACACAGACAGCUUAGUUCUAAAUUAAAAUGCCUUCUUAACAAGAUGUUUAGAGUCAUUUCAAUUUCUGCAAGUGAAAGUAUUUAAACCUGUUGGAAUAAUAGGUUUUCUAUGCACAAAAAUGCAUUCUGUAAAUAUAAUAGGAAUAAACAAAGUACUAUUGCCGAGUGAGUAUCAAAAUGUGAAUAGAAUGCAUGCUAAAUUAAAUACCUUUUUAGAGCGAUAUUUCUGCAGUGUGCUAAACACUGAUAAGUCCUGAGCUGUAGUCAAUAGGGGUGAGAGACGGUGACCCACUCAGAUCUAUUAAAGUGCUCUGUGCCAACCUGUCCCACCCACUACAGACAUCUUAAGACUCUGCCUCCCGAAGCCUUUGCUGUGUCUAAUUAAAAACAUUCAUCCGCUCGAGGUGCCCUCCAAGGUCAAUAGUCUGGACCUCUGAACUGGCCUCUGCUGUAGCACAAGGCCUUUCAUUAGAUUAAACACAAUAAUGAGAAAAUCUUUUAUCUUUGCAUAUAAUUAAAGCUGGGAUGAAGGACAACUUAAUCAAUGAUGUGGAAUGACAAGUUCGUAAAUGAAUUAGGCCUGCCAAUGGGGGCUCGGCUGCGAUCAAUGACUAAUGUUAAGCAGAGACUAGAUGGUCUGUAGUAACAACAAGGAGCAUCUAUAUGUCCGAAGAAACAUGAUGUUGUGGGCAAACACUCAGAUUUCCUUAUAUGACUACCGUAAUCAACUUCUGGCGAUACUGUGGGUAAAAAGGAAAAUAUUUUGCCUUUCUUUCAUUUUACAUUAAUUAAAAGUCAAAUAGCAAGACCGAAUAUUUGCAUGUAUGACACUAAUCACAACACAUUUCACAUUUUUUGGAAGACUUACACUUGCACCAGCACACAUAUCUUAUUUUAAUAGCAUCAUCCAGACAUAAGAGGGCAGUGUUGCCCUUCGAAAUACCCUCCAGGCUUCACUGUGGAGCCAAAAGGUGAAACUGAACUCCUUUUAAAUAAAUGAUUUUUUUUUUUUUUUUUUUAAAUAAAGGAUAGUAGAGUAUAUCACAGUGUUUGUGGCCUGGAUAAUGUGUCACACUUGACGCUGCUGGUUUGAUGUUAAAACAAAUUCACCUUCUGACCUUGGCAAGUCAUAUUAAAAUAUUAAUCUCCACUAAGCAAUUAUAGUUUUGGUUUGUAAAACUAGUAGUUGUCAUAAGUUUUUAAUGCUUACCACAGUGAAAACUUGCAGUGAAUGUGGGAAGGAGGAAAGAAGAAAGCGGUUUUCACACUUCGCUGCUUGCUGUGUGUGCUCGUAUUUGAGAAGAUGGGAAAGGAUGUGAGCACGAGCUCGUAUUGACAAGCCUUCAGUUGCUGUCUGACACACAGACAGGAAGUCACUGUCACAUGACUGAGAUAUCGGCACCUUGUCCGAUUGCACAGAGGGCCUCUUAUGUUUGCUGCCAGCACAAAUACAGGCCAAGUCAUUCAUAUACACACACACACACAAAGGAGAAAGAAAGAGUGAGCGGGCCAGAACAAAGCCAUAAAGGAAAUGUUAAGAGGUGUUUUGUUAUCUGUUGAAAUUCACCCUCUGAUUUGUAUACAUUAAAGACAGCGAGUUGGAUCCUUCAGCUGGAUUUCUACCUGACUGAGGUGUCUGUCAAACAAUUAUCAGUUCCUCUAUCUGUUCAGCUCCUAUCUGUCCUAUCACACUCACAGUCGUUUUCCCUAAACUGUCACAGCUAAUAAUUGGGCCUCCCUGUCAGGAAGGAAAUCAGGCCCACUGUUCUGACUAAAACACACAUCCCUGUCCCCUCCCUUAAUCCUUCCCUCGCUCCAUUUUCCCUCUCUUCUUCUUCUUCUUCUGGAUCACCCUGCUCCCCUAAUACAGUAGAAAUCAGCUCCCUGGAUAGAACACAGCCACCUCCUCCACCUCCUCCACCUCCUCCACCUCCUCCUCCUCCUCCUCCUCCUCCUCCUCUAUCGCCUCUUCAUCCUCUUGCUAGCUGGUCUGUGUGUGUUUGUGUGUGUGCGUGUUCGGAGGGGUGUACGCUGUGUGACAGUGGUAGCCUCAGGGCCAGGUUGCUGUUGACAGGGACGAGGGUCUCUGAUUUGAGGAGAGCCGUCACACCAGCGACUGCAGCUGCCUCCCCGAGUGACACCUCCCUGUUAGUGGGGGAGAUGUGGACAUGUGUGUGUGUGUGUGUGUGUGUGUGUGUGUGUGUGUGUGUGUGUGUGUGUUGGCAGUGGUGAUGGCGGGGUUGAUGGAGUGACUGGCUGCCUACAGUGCUCAGGACAAACAGGGAAACUUUCCCUGAUGAGCUGACAGGCCCUCAUGUUGAACACCUAGCUGGGCUCUCUGCUCGGCGCAGGGACAAAGCGCAGAAAAGGUGAAGCCAAGACGGAGGAAAAUGGAAACACACAAGCCGAGCAGGUCAGGGGAAUAAAAACGAAAUGGAAAAAGGAAACUAAACAGCAUGCAGUCCUAAUUUGUCAUGCUCAUGUGCGGCAUGUCUGUACGGGUUUGUGUGUCUCCAGAGUCCAGGCUGUGUAGAUCACCAUUCCACCUUAUCUAAUUUCAUUAAUGUGAUCCCCUGUCCAUCCCCUGACGGCUUAAUAGCCAUUAUUUGUGGGUCCCUUCAAAUAAAGGCUCAGCAGUAAAUUGCAGUCUGUGGAAAUCGAGAUAUAAACGCCACCCUGCAUUACUGUAUAAUAUCUUUCCCUUUAAUUAACUGAAAGCCAUGCUGACAUUUAUUGGAUUGCAAGUUACUUGUUAAUGGCAAUAAAUUGCGAAACAAAAAAAAGAAUCAUUGCUUAUUUUACAUCAAUAAUUUGUGGACCUUUUGCUAAUGAUUAUUCAUUACUCGCCUAUGGGGACUGUCGUGUUUGGUGAGCUAAAGUGAAUGAAGAAUGUAAAGAUUUAAGUGGGCAGCAUCUACUUAGUGUUAUGGCUUUGGUGGCGUACAUUAAAUGCCUCGUUCUGUUGCUGUCCCUUUAUCCUGUCUUGUGCAUCUGGCUUUUGGUAAAGAAUGUGUUCGGCGAAAUUUAUUGCACCGAGAACAUUCCAUCAGGCUGCAUUUAAGAGGAAAAGUAUUACUAUUCAGCGCUCCAUUUUGCUUGCACGGUGAUGUUCUUCUGUUAACACAAUGCUGGAAGAGAAAACUGAACUGCAGUAUUUGUUGAUGUGCUGCGCUGUUGUGUGCAUGUUUGCUGAGGGUUUUUAAUCCUCUUUAUGAGGCUUUAGUGACGGGUCACCUUUUGCAACAGCAGCAUGCUAUAUAUUAGUCAAAUUCAUCAUCCUACAGACUUCCAACAGACCUGCUCCUCUCAUAGAAUGUCAGUGAAUCAAAGCUGUGUUCUCUGAAUCAUUUUAGAAAUAAUACAUCGUGUACUUUAAUCACCACUGGCACUUUGGGAAGCAACAUGUUCACCACGAUGAAAAUACAGCAAUACAUUUAUUUUUGUGGUUGCAAAUGAUCCAAAAUGCUUAUUAGUUACUGGGUACUUUUCCUUUUUUUUUAAAAAAGACAUUACCUUUGCAAUUGUAAUGAAAUUAUUCAAGAGGAAAAGCAUUAUCUAUAAAAAUCAAUGUAUUUUUCUAGAAUGCAUUUGUAUCUGUCUUUUUGGGUUUUUGAAAACAUUCCACCUUGCAUCAAAGAGGCUUCCUGAUUCAAGAAUUGUGUUCAGUUCUAAAGAAACCACUUGGAUGAGACGAGUUGCCUUCUACUUAAGUAUUUAGUAUUAUUUUUACCUGGAAUGAGAGUCUACACAGGCACAUCUUUAAAAAUAUGCUUCAAGACUAUGAAAAUAAAUUGUCAGGAAUGAAUUAUA